GUCAUUAUUGUUGUAUUAUCAUUUUAACCAACAUCAUAAUGCGUCACAAGAUAUAAGGAUUGGACAGAAAUGGACUCAAUCGCCCACCCAUCCGCUCUGGUACUCCACAGGGGCAAUUUUGGCAGAGAAAAGUUGGGAAAAUAUUUACAAGGUGGCAGUUUGGUCCGAAUAAAUCUAAAUCCCACUGCCGCCGCAUCCGCAGCUACCGCCGCUACUGGAAGAAGAGUAGUGCAGCCAGUUCGGGCGUCAACGGGAGCCGGAGCUAAAUCCGGACCGAAUCCCUUCUCCUUCUUAGAUCCGUCGAGCUCAACGGCGAUGGCUUCUCAAGAUCCGGCUAUCGUAGAUCCCCGGAUCGCCCGGAUCGCUUCUACAAUCCGGGUCAUCCCCGACUUCCCCAAACCCGGGAUUCUGUUUCAGGACAUAACUACUUUGCUUCUUGAUCCCAAGGCGUUUAAGGACACCAUUGAUAUGUUUGUUGAGAGAUACAAGGACAAAAAUAUCAAUGUGGUUGCAGGUAUUGAAGCAAGGGGCUUUAUUUUUGGUCCUCCUAUAGCGUUGGCCAUAGGGGCAAAAUUUGUUCCUCUGAGGAAACCCAAAAAGUUGCCCGGCAAGGUUAUUUCAGAAGAGUACUCUUUGGAGUAUGGAACAGACAUUAUGGAGAUGCAUGUUGGGGCCGUUCAAGAAGGAGAACAUGUCCUUAUAAUAGAUGACCUCAUUGCAACUGGGGGUACCUUGGGUGCUGCAAUCAGGCUAAUUGAGCGUGUUGGCGGGAUCGCGGUUGAGUGUGCAUGUGUUAUUGAGCUGCCAGAACUGAAGGGCCGUGAACGGUUGGGAGACAAGCCAUUGUUUGUUCUUGUGAGCUCAUUUUGAUACUGAGAUAUGGUGGCGUAUGUGACAUUGGUGCUCCUCCCAUAUUGUUUGCGACUUCGCUAUUUAUAAUUAUUGUUGGUGCAGACAUUUGGAUAUGGCUUUUGCCGCUUGACUGUUAUAAGCACUAAUAACGGUUUUACACUUCGGCUGAGAGUUGUCUUUUACAUGAUAUUUUAAUGACAAAGAUUAACGUUGAAUAGCAUUUUUAAAAUUCUAAGGUUAAAUGUUGAAGGUAGUGCCAAAUAAUUGUAUCCUAGUAUAUAUUCUUAUUUCCUUGUACGUAAUCAGGCCUAGCCCAAAGCCCAACACACUUGUAUUUAUACUUCGUGAAUAUUCAAUGGAAAGCAGUUCAGUUUUUUACAAAU